CUGCUGUCGUUGUCCUCGAGGUUGCAGGACUGCUUCUUGCACUCUACAUGGCCCUAUGCAACUAGUAGAGAUAACGACGAUUGACAAGCAUGCGGUUGCUACAGUCAUGAUAGAUUUCUCUUCUUGACGGCAUCGCACACAAGUCUAGGUAGACACUCAGAAACACCGCAACACCACGCUGCUCAUGGCCGGCAUCAUCAGUCUCUCCACUGUCGGCACAAUCAUCAUAUCGACCCUCUGCGCCACCUCUCAAGCCUGAGAACUCACUGCCUAUGACAACACCAGCGGCUACUGCGACCCCAAAGGCAACACCCGCUACCGCAUAAUCUCCGGCGCCUCCACCCUCGGAAAAUGUAUGACCUUCGACCGCGACAUGCCCGGCACGGGAUGUCGCGAAUACACAAGCGGUGGCGGCUCCAAUGGUUGCACCUCUGGGUCUUUUAUUCCUAGAUCUGUGUAUUUGCGUGGUGGGAGGUGUGUUGUGUUUGGUCAGCCUGAUUGUCAGGGAAGGUAUGGGGGAUACUGGCCGUCCGGCUAAUGGAUGCUUGAGCUUUUCAAAUUAUGAUGGUUGGGGCCCGAUUAGCUCAUUUUUGAUGUGAGGGUUAGGAGUGGGGGUGUAAGAGGCAUCGGUUGCAGAAGAGUGGUCGAACAGGUAGUUGGGCUUGUCUGAUACUUGAUGAUAGUUGUGUCAUACUCGUUGGCCUCGUACUUCGCGCGUUUGUUUCCCGUAGCUCAGUAUGGUUUUCGAAGCCUGUGAGGUGGCCGCAGCCAAUCUGUGUGACCAAUUCUCUCCAGGCUCACUCGCAUGUCAGCUGUCUCGGAACCAGGCUAGAAAGUCACAGAGCAUAUCUUUUGAACGCGACAGAUCAAUGAGUGGCAUUUUGAGGUCACAGUUCUGUCCUGAGAAGCCAUAUCGUCCUCGUCGAAUCUCAUAAGCUGCAAGGUCAGAGGGCAGAACAUAGAGAAGUCAAGAG